CAUUUUGAGAGCGGCGUGUGAAGUCGGAGCGGUGGCCGGUCUGCGCUGCUAUACGACGGGGAAUAAACGGCUCAAAGUCCCGCGUGCGACGCGGCCAAAGAUCGCAGUGACUCCACCGGAUCGGAAUGGAGGAGAGCAGCAGCAUUGCAGUCCUGGUGCCACCCACCAGAGAGCAGCAGGAUGCCGUCUUUACUGCAGACAGAAUGGAGGGCCACCAGCGGGAGCACAGGCAGGCGGCUGACUCUCUCAUCCAAGUCAUUGAGAAGCUGAGCAGGAUCGUGGAGAAGCGGCCCCGGAGGUGCACUUUGUCUGGUAGAAAGAGGCCGCCUUCGACCCGCGAGGCCUCAGGCAAGAAAGCCAAGGAUGAUGUGGAGUCGCAUGUGGAGCAGGAAAGCGCUGGGGGCAGGGCAAUCACCUGUUACCAAUGCAGUCUAUGUAAAUAUGUCUCCCCCACCCUGAGCUCUCUAAAAGACCACCUGCGGCAACACAAUCAUGACCGCACAGGCCUUGUCCUGGUGUGCUCUGAGUGCUGCUUCACCUCCCACCACCAGGAGGAGCUGGAGGCACAUAUCAGGCUGCACUUGGACAGCAGCGAGAGCACGGUGAACCACGUGGCGGUGCUAAAGCCACAGUGCUCCGGCAGAGAGACAAGGGGCACACAGGCAAAAGUCAGGAGCCUAGAGAAUGCCCAGGGGCAGCCGCCAAAGAAGUGGUACAGUUACGAGAAGUAUGGCAUGUACCGGUGCCUCAUCUGCAGCUAUGUGUGUGGGCAGCAGCGCAUGCUUAAGACACACGCCUGGAAACACGCAGGUCUGGUUGACUGCUCAUACCCAGUCUUUGAGGACGAAACGGACGAGGUCAAAGCCGGACCAGGACCCACAGAAGAGGCUAUGGUAGUAGUCGCAGCAUCAGUUAGCAACAAGCCGACAACACUGAAUGACGCUUCUUCCUUUGAGAUAAAACUGUGUGCUGCUGAAUGCAAAGGGAGCACUGCAGGGGUGGGGCAAGCGACUGGGGUUUCUGGGGGUGAGGUUUAUGCCUCCAAGGAGCCCUUUGCAGAGGAGCCAGCAGUGGAGGUGCAGGUCACGACGGAGCAGGAAGCAGAGCCGCAUGCCACGGACAGCCUGCUCUCCUCCGCACAGAAAAUCAUGAGUUGCAGCCCAAACGGCGCAGGUCACGUCAACGUCAUUGUGGAGCGGAUGCCUGGAGCAGGCGACCUCGGACCUGUGGGUGGCAAGCCCUUCCUAGUGGAGCCCCGUGAAAAUUCAGAUGGUGGGCUCCUCACAGAUGAGGCGCAGCCUGUGUACUUUGAGGACGAAGAAGUUGUCGUUGGCUGGUGUGGUGGAGAGAGGGCAGCGGAAGAAGGUGAAGUCUCCCCCAGUCCACCCCCAGAUGAGAACGUACCUCCGGGGCGCAGGCGGACUUAUUCUGAGUCACUCCGGCUGCACUCACUCGCUGCUGAGGUCCUCGUGGCCAUGCCCACGCGGGCCCUGGAGCCAACCAGGACUGGUAUCCGUAGCCUGGUAGACACAGGUCAGGGCCUCGUGGAGAUUGCUCCGCUGGGGGCACCGUCUCCCGCCCAGGAGUUGGUGGACCUGGAGCACCUACAGGCGCAGCCAGGCACAGCCGAAGGCCCAGCAAAAAUGGGAAUCAGCGUGUCCCUCCUGGCAGUGAUCGAGAAGCUGCGAGAACGGACGGACCAGAAUGCCACAGACGAGGACAUCCUGAAGGAGCUGCAGGACAACGCUCAGGGCCAACCCAGUGAGGAUGCCACCCUGCCUGAGACCAGCCUGGUUGAGUUCAUCCCUGGCAGUGAAAGGCCCUACCGCUGCCGAUUGUGCCGCUACACCAGCGGCAAUAAGGGUUACAUCAAGCAGCACCUGCGUGUGCACCGACAGCGGCAGCCGUACCAGUGCCCCAUCUGCGAUUUGGUUGCCAGCGACAGCAAGGACCUGGAGAACCACAUGAUCAACCACUGCAAGACCAGAAUGUACCACUGCAAGCAAUGUAGUGAGACCUUCUACUACAAGAGCCAUCUGAGGAGUCAUGAACGUGAGCAGCACGGACUUGCGGACACCGGGGCCACAUUGAUGCCUCUCAGUGAGACGGCCGUUGUAGAUGAGUCCAAGGAAAAGGAUGCUGAUGAGGACUCCUCCAGUGUCCAGAAGAUCUUCAAGUGUGACAUGUGUGACUAUACAAGCUCCACGUAUGUUGGUGUGCGCAACCACCGGAGGAUUCACACCUCAGAUAAGCCAUACAGGUGCUGUAGCUGUGACUUUGCCACCACCAACAUGAACAGCUUGAAGAGCCACAUGAGGAGGCAUCCCCAGGAGCAUCAAGCUGUGCAGCUCAUGGAACAGUACAGGUGCUCCCUCUGUGGGUACGUGUGCAGCCACCCUCCAUCGCUCAAAUCCCACAUGUGGAAGCAUGCAGGCGACCAGAACUACAACUAUGAACAGGUGAACAAAGCCAUCAACGAGGCAAUUUCGCAGAGCAGCCGGUCUUCCAGUUUGGCUCAAAAAGCCACAGUAGUGGUGGAGCAGGUAGAUAAGGCCUUGCCCCCUUUAGACCCUCCCACCAGGGAGCGCACUAGUGUGGAGGGGCCUCCUCAGAGGGCAGCUGAGCAGCCAAGCCUACUGCCUACUGCAGAGCAUUGCGUGCUGCUCUUCUGCUGCUGCAUCUGUGGGUUUGAGUCUGCCAACAAGGAGCGUCUCAUGGAGCACAUGAAGGAGCAUGAGGGAGAGAUCAUCAGCAUCAUCCUGAGCAAGGAGCAGCAGGGAGGACCCACAACCACAACACCUCCUAUGACACAGUGAGGGCACUGGCUCUGUUUGCGCUGUACUUGAGUCCUUCCUCUAGAGCCUGUUCACAGCCUUAUUAGGUCCUUCGAGGAUCUCCAUAUCUGACUUUGAAGGUUACUUGUGACCUACACACACGACCCACAAUCAGGAAGGUGGGAGGCUUGGUGCUACCACCGCAUUGUUUACUGUAUGUAUUGCUGUGGACACUUCACUGCUUUUUUUGUGAAGGAUAGGUCUGCUUAGGAAUUCAUUUUUCUCUGUCUCAGAGACAUCCAUUUGCCUCAAUUGCUAUGAAUAUGUUUCUCGUAACUAUAUUUCAUGCUCUAUAUAAUUUUCAAAAUGAGGGGGGUAGACAAAAAUCUAAAUUGUAGUUUUAGAUUUAAAAUUUUAACAUCCUUGUAAGCUUAGCAAGUUAUGCCUUGCAUCCCCAUGACUUGAAUCUGGUACCUUUGGUUUCCAGACCAGUCUUUUAUAAAUACUGCAUAUUGAAUAGUGAGUAAAUACUGAAUUUAUUGAUGGGAAUUAAUACCUCUAUAAACAGUAUAUUUUAAUAUUGAUGUUAAGCCCUGUGGGCACAUAUGGUCUAAAAUGUUUAGGCAGCUUCUGUUAAAAUCACUGUAAUAUUUAAGCUCGGUUUGUAGUAGACAUUUCACGCAUGUUCAUGUAGCUGUAGAGUAGCUGCUCACUACCGUUUUUCUAUUUACGUCAGUAUUUAUUUAAUUUAUCUUUAUGAAAGUAGUAUUCCGUUAGCUAGAACCACAAAGAAAGCAGUUAUGUGAUGUUGCAGACUCUGGUGCUACUAAACCGUCUCGGAACAAAAGACCGUUCUCUCGUUCGAAACUAAGAGGUGGGCGGAGCAAAUCACUUGAGGAAUGUACCUUAAAACUGAGUUGAACCUAUAGGGAAUCUCACUUUCCUUCAGAUUUUUUUUUUCCUUGGAGGAAUUGCUACCAAAUACCUUCAAUAUAAUAUUGUUGUGGGUUUUUUUGGGUCAUCCAAUCUUAAAUGUUUUAUUUUUUCACAUGUAAAUAUUAAAGAAGGGUAUUCUUCUAUAGUUGCAUAAAUACAUAUAUUUGUAUGGAAAAUGCCAAGUUGAAAGCAUGUUGUUAAUUCUUGUCCAGUUUGUCCACAGCUGUGGAUGUCAGACAUUUGGUUUACUGUAUAACAGAUUUGCAGUGUUACUCUACCAGCUGUCCCAAUGACUGACCACCUUCUCUUUUGACUGACACACAUUCAAAAUCCAUGAAUCUGUACAGAAUUAUUUUUUUAUAUUUGUUUUUAAAAUAUUCUCUUUUUUUGCCUAAUAUGUGAAGAAUGGGAAAUCAUCGCUGCCAAAGAUGGACCCCCCAGCGUGUACCUAAAGACUAUUUUCUGUCUAAUGAGCUAGAAUGAGGGCCUUUGUGUCUCAAAAUUAAAUAUCAAGAUUCUCUCAGCAUACCGAAAUACUGAGAGCAUUGCAAUUUAGCCAUUUAAUUGCGGGCUUGUGACUGAGUGAAGCUCGGGUUAUUGUUAGCUUUUCCCAAAGUCUAUUUCAUUCUUAAGUUGUAACUGACAGGAUUUUUCUUCUCCUCCUGACAUUUUAGUACCCUAAAUUUUCCAGGAUUGCUUGAAUUCAUGAAUCUUUUGUGUCCGCUUUUAAUUUCAAUAUUUAGUCUAUGCACAUAGGGUUCAUGUAGUACUAGCUUGUAUGUAGACUAAAUACUGUAAAGUUUUUAAUUUUUACAACUGCUGUAAAAUUAAUGAACUGACAUUUUUGGUAAAGCGUUAAAGGCACCAUCAAGGCCAUAGUUUCUGUGAGUUGCUACCUCUGUUCAAACUGCUUCAUAGACGGUUUGUGCUCUUCAACAUAGACAAAAUUUAAUUCUAAAUCGCUGCGUAAUUUUACCUUUGAAUCAGCUGAAAUUGAUUGCAAUGUUAGACCUGAACUAUUUGGAUUUUUUAUUGCGUUUAUAUAUAAACAUCUUCUGUUCUAAAAAUCUCAUUUACAUACCGGAUUAUUAUUAUGCUUAAUUUACAAUUCAAAACACUCGAGUUGGGGACACAGGAUAUGGUUUGCAUUUAAACUGUACUUUAUACCCUCAUCCAAUUUUGUGUUUUCAUGCAGUUUAAUGACCUGUUAAUCCUAUUAAACCUUAACGCAACCUUGACGAUGGAUUUGAAUAUGUCUAAUUUUCAGGCGCUGGAUGUUCUCGAUCUCUUGUAAUAGCACUUAUGUCACAGAUACUGCUUUUUAAUUAGUUUUAUGUAAAAUUGUCUCUAUACAAGUUUUUGUUUUUGCGGUGUGUACUGUUGUGCAGCUGACGAUAUUACUGUAUGUAAUUUUUUUUAAUGUAGGAGAUGGUUUGGUAAUUAAUGUGAUAGCUUUGUAAACUCUAUAGGAAACAGCAAUGUGUUUCGUUGCAGGUUAUUGCACAAUAUCCAAGUCUUGUUAUUUUAUGAUACAACUGUCUUAUUAAUGCCCCCUCCUCCCGAUCAAGGGUGUUCUCAGUGUAGAAGAGCAGAAAUGUGUUGUGUGUGUUUGGCUUUUGUUUUAACUGUGUGAAUAUAUGGAAAAGUAAUGCUUUGCCAAGCACCUUUACUUUGUAAACAGCAGCAUAUUCUUUCAGCAUUUCUGUACACGUGUAAUCUUGGUGAGGGACUAUAUAGUACAAGUGAUAAACAUGAUCUUGUAUUGUAUGGUCAGAAAGUGUCAGAUGUGACACAUGCACACCGCAGUUGGACUUUUUUUAAUGUGGGCAGUAGAAGGCUUUAUUGACUGUCCUCUGAAAUUUCACUGACUAUUUUAUAUUAUAAUUUAGUGUUAUUCAACUGGUUUGUUUCCCUUAUUUAAAGUAUCUUUAAUGAACAUGUUGGGGCUAAAUAUACAAAGCACAUAGCCUUUAAGAGCUGUAAGUACAGCUAAGUACUAAAUAAUAUGAACAGUGGUUGCUACCACCCAGUGUUUCAGUUUCAUGUUUCACUGACAAUACUGUGUGGUACCACAAUUCAUACUAUAAUAAGGGGUCAUUUGACAAAAAAUAUACAGUAUAAGCAAGUCCAUUUCAGUCCGCUGGUGUGCCUUCCAUUUGCCUGCGCCACAGUGCUGCUGCGAUGCAAAAGCCGAGCCGGGUAGAUGCAGGCCUUGCUGGGGGAAAUCUCCCUACAUCCCUAGCCUGGUCCCUGGCCUGUGGGAAAACUCAGUCUCGGGACCAUGCUCUUCAAAGUGUGUUUAAACCAUGAACUGACAUCUAGUCAGUAAACAACAACCGAUACUUACGGUACAGGUAGGGAUUUAGUGUACAGGAUUGUGUAAUUGUGUAUGAUUCUACAUAGUACCAUAAAUAUUUUUUUGAAGACAUGUCUUUUUAAACAAUUUUUAAAAACACUAUCACUGUUAGUAGUAAAAGCUAUAAAUGAAGAUGUUUUGGCCAAAGUAUAGUAGGUAAAAAGGCACCUAAGAAUUCUCUUUAAUGUUCUUUCUUUGCAACAUAGUAAUGGAAUUAAUCGGUUUUUGCAAGUGAAUUUGGCACACAGAGCCUGCAUGCCUUAAUGCUAAAGGAGUGGAAAGAUGGCUGUUUUACCAUUUAUUCCAUGUGUUUUUGACUUUUGCAUUGUAAUUGGGUUACUUUGCUUCUCUA